AGCGGUGCGCGAUACUGCAUGGUAAAUAGCGCGAGUCUAGUCAUAGACUGACACCUGACUGAUACACUGAGUGUUCACUCACCCCCUGCAUUCACUCACACUCAGCAUUCACUCACCCCCAGCAUUCACUCACCCCCAGCAUUCACUCACCCCCUGCAUUCACUCACCCCCAGCAUUCACUCCCGCUCCUUCACUCCCCAGCAUUCCUUCCACUUUACGGCAUUCGCCUGCUUACCGUUUCCACUCCGCCCCAGCAUUUCGCCGCCAGCAUUCCACUCACACUCAGCAUUUGCUCACCCAGCAUUCACUCACCCAGCGAUUCACUCACCUGCAUUCCACUCACCCCAGCAUUCACUCACACUCCAGAACACCGCUCACCUGCGUUACUCACCCCAGCAUUCGCUCCGCACUCCAGCAUUCGCCGCUGGCGUUUCGCCCGCAAAUUCCUCCUUUAGCAUUUCACUCACACUCAGCAUUCACUUCACGCACUCAGCAUUCCCUCACCCCAGCAUUCCCUCACCCCAUUCACUCACCCCAGCAUUCCCUCACCCCCAGCGAUUCACUCACCCCAGCAUUCACUCACCCCAGCAUUCCUCCACCCCAGCGGUACCCCACCCAGCUUUCACUCACUAGCGACCCCUCACCCCGGCUCACUCCACCCCAGCAUUCCCUCACCCCCAGCUGCACUCACCCCCAGCUUUCACUCACCCCCAGCAUUCCCUCACCCCCAGCAUUCACUCACCCCCAGCAUUCACUCACACUCAGCAUUCCCUCACCCCCAGCGUCAUCUCGCCCUCUGCAUUUGCCCCAAUACCCAGCAUAGGUAUAUCCGCUGAUUGAUCGUUGUAGCUGAGGAAGCAAUAAAAUAUCCAAGGCAAAAUCCCCCCAGUAACUGGACAACACAGUUCUGGCUGUCAACUGGUUUUUAUUGAGCCACAGCUGGCUUUUAUGCAGUUCCCAGUGCAAGGGGUCUAUUGAAUCAUAUUCCAGGGGCUGCCUGCUAGCAUACAAAUGUUCCCCCUGUUCUGUAGUUUAGGUCUCCCAAACGCCGUUCUCAUACUGGUUCGGGAAGUUGUAUGGGCAGCGGUAUCAGUUUACCAGGUGUUCGCGGGGUAGAGUAGCCGAAAUUAGUUCCAAAUUGUUUACGACAAUAUACUGCUGCCUACAUUUGAGAGACAAUGUGUCCGCCGUUUGCACACGUGCGUUUGGCGCUACGAACGGCAGCCAGGCAUGGGAAACCCUUUCCUUAACAAGCAAUUUGCAGUUAACAGCCAGGGGUGGUCGGUUAUUUCUUUAUUCUCAAUCCUACUAUUCUCUCUAGCUUUGAUUCCUCCUAUGACCAUAUUCCUCAUUUUAUCUCUCUCCAGUUCUGGUCAAUUUCAAGUCAUUCGUAAUUACUUGUUAAGACACCCCUGGUGUCUUUAAGAGAAACCGCCGUUUAGUUCACCUUCCCCUUUCGCAAUAUCAGUACUCCGUUCACAUAACUGCAGUAUACGAACCACCAUCAGGGGAAGCGGUAAUCUCCCGACCAGGAUCCGUGAAAGGCUCCAAACUCCCGAACAGAUUUCCACGAACCGCUGCUAACUACCAAACAAAAGUAUACACCAAGCGGAUUUCGGUUCCCAUAAUCAGUCUCUAGGCAUCAAUAGUAAAUACCCCCCAAUAACGAGACAAAGCUCCGCAUUGAGGGUCAAACAGGAUUUGUCUUAACUGUGGGCUACCUGCCCGUAUUUAUGCAGGUCUCCCACUUGGCGGACACUCCCCUAGGGGACCAAAUGGGAGACUGGAAUUACAGAUGUACAGUAGGACAUAUCAGACAUACAGUCACAGGCUUUUCCCACAAUGCAGUAUGGUUCCCUCCCCUCUGCCCUGGAGAUAAUUGGGAAGUAAUUCAAUUAUCUCCAGGACAAAGACACAUCGCCAUUUUAAAUACAAAACCAGAAAAUGCAUAAAAAUACAUAACUUUAUAAUAACCGAACAUUUUACAUUCACAUCACAUAUCCCCAGAUAGCCUGGAUCUGAGGGCAUAUUAUUGGCGAAUAGCGCUCAGAUCCCAUACGCAUAGUUCAAUCGCCAUGGAGUCAAAGUCCUUACAGUCUUUCGGUAUGCGAUUGACUCCAUGGGAAGGCUAUCUGGGUUAAGUCUUUUCGUAUGUUGUAAAACUCCCGAACGGCCGGUGUUCGUACGCUUUCGUCGAGACAGCCAGGCGAAGCGGUGUUCGGCAGAAAGAGCGUCCGUUUUGAGUUCCAUGAAAUCAGAGCCGAACACCGCUGGGCUUUCGUGUGUUUUAAAAUGGCCGCUGCCUCGUGGUCAACAUACGAACGAUGGCCACCCUGAAUUCGGUUUAAUCGAGAAGUGUCUGCGGUUAACCACAACGUUCUAAUUGGGAUCAAUAGGUUAACCAGCAGCACACUUCUAUCCUGGGUGGCCAUCCGUUCGGUGAAAACAGUCAUUCGUAUGGCUGGGCUAUAGAAAACAGCCAUUUACACGAAAGGGGCAGAAAUAGACGAAUCCACCACAAUAGACAGACAGAUGGUUCUGUCACAUUACUAUUUUCAUAAAUAUAAAUUUUGUUUGACAACAAAUCAGCAGGAUCUUCAUGAUUAAUAGAUGCACGUUGCUUGGUGAUGCUGACAGAUGUAUAGUUUUGCUAUAAAUAAGUAAUUCAGUAUAUCUAAUUUAUUACAGAGAUCAUUACAAGGAUAAUUCCUUCCUCAAGGAAUCAUAGUAACUGUGAUAAUGAACAAAGACAAGAAUAAAGUGGCUGAGAGGAUCUCUGAAUUCACCCUGGAGAUCAUCUACCUGCUGACUGGAGAGGUGAGGGAUUCUGGGUAAUGUCAGUAUGGAGAUCGUCUACCUGCUGACUGGAGAGGUGAGGGAUUCUGGGUAAUGUCAUUAUGGAGAUCAUCUACCUGCUGACUGGAGAAGUGAGGGAUUCUGGGUAAUGUCACCAUGGAGAUCAUCUACCUGCUGACUGGAGAGGUGAGGGAUUCUGGGUAAUGUCAUUAUGGAGAUCCUCUACCUGCUGACUGGAGAGGUGAGGGAUUCUACCGUCAGUCUGGAGAUCCACCUGGCUCAGGGAUCGUGGAAAGUGAGGACCAGACACGUCACCUACGAGAUCACCACCAGUUGGACUGAGAGGUGAGGGAUCUCUGGGUAAUGCCACAUGGAGAUCAUCCACCAGCUGGCCGGAGAGGUGGGGAGGGAUUCUGGGUAAUGUCAUUAUGGAGAUCAUCUACCCAAGCUGGCUGAGAGGAGGGAUUCUGGGUAAUGUCAGUAUGGAGAUCAUCUACCUGCUGACUGGAGAGGUGAGGGAUUCUGGGUAAUGUCAGUUUGGAGAUCAUCUACCUGCUGACCGGAGAGGUGAGGGAUUCUGGGUAAUGUCAUUAUGGAGAUCAUCUACCUGCUGGCUGGGGAGGUGAGGGAUUCUGGGUAAUGUCAGUAAGGAGAUCAUCUACCUGCUGACUGGAGAGGUGAGGGAUUCUGGGUAAUGUCAUUAUGGAGAUCAUCUACCUGCUGGCUGGAGAGGUGAGGGAUUCUGGGUAAUGUCAUUAUGGAGAUCAUCUACCUGCUGACUGGAGAGGUGAGGGAUUCUGGGUAAUGUCAUUAUGGAGAUCAUCUACCUGCUGACUGGAGAGGUGAGGGAUUCUGGGUAAUGUCAUUAUGGAGAUCAUCUACCUGUUGACUGGAGAGGUGAGGGAUUCUGGGUAAUGUCAUUAUGGAGAUCAUCUACCUGCUGACUGGAGAGGUGAGGGAUUCUGGGUAAUGUCAUUAUGGAGAUCAUCUACCCGCUGGCUGGAGAGGUGAGGGAUUCUGGGUAAUGUCAUUAUGGAGAUCAUCUACCUGCUGACUGGAGAGGUGAGGGAUUCUGGGUAAUGUCAUUAUGGAGAUCAUCUACCUGCUGACUGGAGAGGUGAGGGAUUCUGGGUAAUGUCACCAUGGAGAUCAUCUACCUGCUGACUGGAGAGGUGAGGGAUUCUGGGUAAUGUCAUUAUGUAGAUCAUCUACCUGCUGACUGGAGAGGUGAGGGAUUCUGGGUAAUGUCAUUAUGGAGAUCAUCUACCUGCUGACUGGAGAGGUGAGGGAUUCUGGGUAAUGUCAUUAUGGAGAUCAUCUACCUGCUGACUGGAGAGGUGAGGGAUUCUGGGUUAUGUCAGUAUGGAGAUCAUCUACAUGCUGGCUGGAGAGGUGAGGGAUUCUGGGUAAUGUCAUUAUGGAGAUCAUCUACCUGCUGACUGGAGAGGUGAGGGAUUCUGGGUAAUGUCAUUAUGGAGAUCAUCUACCUGCUGACUGGAUAGGUGAGGGAUUCUGGGUAAUGUCAGUAUGGAGAUCAUCUACCUGCUGACUGGAGAGGUGAGGGAUUCUGGGUAAUGUCACCAUGGAGAUCAUCUACCUGCUGACUGGAGAGGUGAGGGAUUCUGGGUAAUGUCAUUAUGGAGAUUAUCUACCUGCUGGCUGGAGAGGUGAGGGAUUCUGGGUAAUGUCAGUAUGGAGAUCAUCUACCUGCUGGCUGGAGAGGUGAGGGAUUCUGGGUAAUGCCAUUAUGGAGAUCAUCUAUCUGAUGACUGGAGAGGUGAGGGAUUCUGGGUAAUGUCAGUAUGGAGAUCAUCUACCUGCUGACUGGAGAGGUGAGGGAUUCUGGGUAAUGUCAUUAUGGAGAUCAUCUACCUGCUGACUGGAGAGGUGAGGGAUUCUGGGUAAUGUCAUUAUGGAGAUCGUCUACCUGCUGACUGGAGAGGUGAGGGAUUCUGGGUAAUGUCAGCCUGGAGAUCAUCUACCUGCUGACUGGAGAGGUGAGGGAUUCUGGGUAAUGUCAGUAUGGAGAUCAUCUACCUGCUGACUGGAGAGGUGAGGGAUUCUGGGUAAUGUCAUUAUGGAGAUCAUCUACCUGCUGACUGGAGAGGUGAGGGAUUCUGGGUAAUGUCAGUAUGGAGAUCAUCUACCUGCUGACUGGAGAGGUGAGGGAUUCUGGGUAAUGUCAGUAUGGAGAUCAUCUACCUGCUGACUGGAGAGGUGAGGGAUUCUGGGUAAUGUCAGUAUGGAGAUCAUCUACCUGCUGGCUGGAGAGGUGAGGGAUUCUGGGUAAUGUCAUUAUGGAGAUCAUCUACCUGCUGACUGGAGAGGUGAGGGAUUCUGGGUAAUGUCAUUAUGGAGAUCAUCUACCUGCUGACUGGAGAGGUGAGGGAUUCUGGGUAAUGUCAUUAUGGAGAUCAUCUACCUGCUGGCUGGAGAGGUGAGGGAUUCUGGGUAAUGUCAUUAUGGAGAUCAUCUACCUGCUGACUGGAGAGGUGAGGGAUUCUGGGUAAUGUCAGUAUGGAGAUCAUCUACCUGCUGACUGGAGAGGUGAGGGAUUCUGGGUAAUGUCAAUAUGGAGAUCAUCUACCUGCUGACUGGAGAGGUGAGGGAUUCUGGGUAAUGUCAGUAUGGAGAUCAUCUACCUGCUGACUGGAGAGGUGAGGGAUUCUGGGUAAUGUCAGUAUGGAGAUCAUCUACCUGCUGACUGGAGAGGUGAGGGAUUCUGGGUAAUGUCAGUAUGGAGAUCAUCUACCUGCUGACUGGAGAGGUGAGGGAUUCUGGGUAAUGUCAUUAUGGAGAUCAUCUACCUGCUGACAGGAGAGGUGAGGGAUUCUGGGUAAUAUGAACCUGUAAUUUAUUCACACAGUAGAAAAUUGCAUGUGACGAUAGUCACCAUCACUGGGAGCAGGACACUUUACAAUGGUUCCUUAAAGGAGGAGACCAUAUUUAAAAGAAGAAAAACUACCAGAACAAGAGGACAUAGUCUUAAAUUAGAGGGUCAGAUAUUUUAAAAUAAUAUCAGGAAGUAUUACUUUACUGAGAGGGUAGUGGAUGCAUGGAAUAGCCUUCCAGCUGAAGUGGUAGAGGUUAACACAGUAAAGGAGUUUAAGCAUGCGUGGGAUAGGCAUAAGGCUAUCCUAACUAUAAGAUAAGGCCAGGGUCUAAUGAAAGGAUUUAGAAAAUUGAGCAGACUAGAUGGGCUGAAUGGUUCUUAUCUGCCGUCACAUUCUAUGUAAAUGUCUCCCAUGUCUGUCACCCUGUGCCCAAUAUAGGUGCAAGGUGUGUGUAAUAUAUGUCUAUUAUGUAUUUAUAAUUUUUUUGCGUGCUCUUCUGACCUGCUGAUGCUUGUUAUCAACUAGUGGAUUUGGCUCUGGAGCCUGUAAAGUGCCCUCUGUUGGUAGCAACAGCAAUAUGCACCUGAAUAGCAAGGCUGGUUAAUUUUCAUAUUUGGGUAGAUUUGGAUAUUGCUAAUUCUGCAGACAGGAGAGCUAUUUUGUGUUAAUUGUCUUCCUCACCCCCUUAUAAAUAGCUCAUUGGGUUAUACUAAGUUGCUGUAUGUUAUCUGCUAUGAUUUGGUUAUUUUUUAUCUUGAAAUGAGUCUAUGGGCUAGUGACGAGAAAAACAAGUUUUGGAUGUCAGUCCCUUUGGAACUUGUGUCCUGGGUGGAUUUGUAGGGAUCCCAGUGAGUCUUCAGACCUGUUUGCUCAUUGCAGGAUCCCUCUAGCCCUGGGAUAAAGCAAGAGUGCUAGGCCUGAGAGCCGCAAGUGUCUUUUUAAAGACUAGCUAUAAACCUUAAAUGCCUGGAAGAAGUGCAGCAGUGGAGGAGACAGAGGGAACUAUACCUGCCUGGAAGAAGGGCCAAGGAGGCAGAGGGGACUAUACCCGCCUGGAAGAAGGGCUGGGGCGGAGGAGGCAGAGGGAACUAUACCUGCCUGGAAGAAGGGCGGAGGAGGCAGAGGGAACUAUACCUGCCUGGAAGAAGGGCGGAGGAGGCAGAGGGGACUAUACCUGCCUGGAAGAAGGGCGGAGGAGGCAGAGGGGACUAUACCUGCCUGGAAGAAGGGCGGAGUAGGCAGAGGGGACUAUAUACCUGCCUGGGAGGAGGCAGAGGGGACUAUAUACCUGCCUGGAAGAAGGGCGGAGGAGGCAGAGGGGACUAUAUACCUGCCUGGAAGAAGGGCGGAGGAGGCAGAGGGGACUAUACCUGCCUGGAAUAAGGGCGGAAGAGGCAGAGGGGACUAUACCUGCCUGGAAGAAGGGCGGAAGAGGCAGAGGGGACUAUACCUGCCUGGAAGAAGGGCGGAAGAGGCAGAGGGGACUAUACCUGCCUGGAAGAAGGGCGGAAGAGGCAGAGGGGACUAUACCCGCCUGGAAGAAGGGCAGAAGAGGCAGAGGGGACUAUACCCGCCUGGAAGAAGGGCUGGGGCGGAGGAGGCAGCGGGAACUAUACCCGCCUGGAAGAAGGGCUGGGACGGAGGAGGCAGAGGAGACUAUACCCGCCUUGAAGAAGGGCUGCAGCGGAAGAGGCAGAGGAGACUAUAUCUGCCUGGAAGAAGGGCGGAGGCAAAGGGAACUAUACCUGCCUGGAAGAAGGGCUUGGGCGGAAGAGGCAGAGAGGACGAUACCUGCCUGGAAGAAGGACUGCUGCAGAAAAGGGAAAGGGGACGAUACCUGCCUGGAAGAAGGGCUGCUGCGGAAGAUGCAGAGGGGACGAUACCUUCCUGGAAGAAGGGUUUAAGUGUUUGAGGCAGAGAGGAUGACACCUGGCUGGAAGGAUAGCUGCAGCCUGGUUGGAUGGAAAAUCUCCAGAAGGACCCCAGUCAAGCUUCGGCGCCUUGGGCUGAAGCUUUCCAGGGUCCCUGCAGGCGGCUAGGAAGCGGACUUAGUGGAGGUAUUCAGUCGGAGUACAGGAGCUCUGUCAUCUUGCACUCUAAGCAAAUCUGAAAAAAUCCCUAUAGCAUAUCCAAGCAAGUACAAGUUUAAUAGUGAAUUACGAAAACAUAGCUAAAAAGAGAGAUCCCAUACAUGCUAGAAAAACCUAAUAUAAAAAUAAGUCCAUACACCUGUAAGAAGGAAGGUGGGGGAAAAAAACCCCCAAAAAUAAUUCUAAAGGGACACUGGACGCAUUUCGCGUCUAGCACAAACGUUUUUUGUAGCUUGUUAACCCCUUAAGGACCAAACUUCUGGAAUAAAAGGGAAUCAUGACAUGUCACAUGUCAUGUGUCCUUAAGGGGUUAAAGUGUCUGUCCAAACUGCCUUGCCUGUGCUGUCAAAGUUGGUGUUCUCUGUUGUGAUCAUUGCACUACUGUAUUCAAUGCUCUGAUGGUCCUUACCAAGAGUAGGGAUCCAGACAUUUAUGUGCACGUAUUAAAUUAGUUGUGGAGAGGAGAGGCCUCACUGUUCAGUGAGAUGUGCGUGUAAGCAGUGAGACGCUGUGUCCUAGUUAUGUUUCUCCUGUUGUUUAGGAUCAUGUGGUUGUGAAGAAAUCCAGUGACUGUGUGUUAGAAGGAUCUCACAGCACCGUGCCUCCACCUCGCUCACUGCUACAAAUGAGAAACAAUGAGCAGAAGAUCCUGGAAUUGACCAAUAAGAUCAUCCACCUGCUGACUGGAGAGGUGAGGCUGCUGGGAAUGGGACUUCAUGGAGUAAAACCAACGGAUGUGUCUGGAUGGUGACUGUAUCACUGUGUGUUUGUAUAAGGUGUGAGGACGUCAUCAUCUUUGUUUCCCUGUAGGUUUGGCAGUAUUUAGAUGGACACAAGGAAUCUCACAGUGAUGUGAUAUUGGAGAACCGCCAGCCAGUCAGCUCACUGGGUAAGAGGAUUUAAUAAUAUGAAUUUCAUGGAAUAACUAAUAUUCUGAUGAUUACAUGUCGUCGUGUGUGUGCUCUCUGUGAUGUUGUUGGUGCUGGGUGUCUGUCCUGUGGAUACCUUGAUGAAUACGAAGUGUACAUGUGAGGGAUAGCUGUUGUGACUGACUUCCAAGAAGGUUUAGUUUUCAGACACUGUUUGUAUAAUUGAGCAUUACAUGGUUUAAAACAGAACUGUCCAUUGUUUGUCACACUGUUGAGAAAAAAUAUAAAUUGAAAUUUUCCUGUAAUAUGCCUUCCUUUCAGGUGAUGCUCAGUUUUCUUGUAAGAAUAAGUAACUGUCGUAACAAUUCAGGUCAGUCUUCAGACAGGGCACACAAUACACUGGGAGAGUAGAGAUGGGUUUCGUUUCAAAGGUUUGUGAUAUGAAAAGAGGUGGCGUCAUCAAUAGAUUGUUCGUUGCUCGUUUCCAUGGUGAUUUGCGCACUUUUCAGAGCACGACACUUGUUAUACAUAAACCCAUUAUAUUGGUUUCUCCGCCUUUCUCUCUGCUGACUGACAGGUGUAAAGACUGACUGUGAGCCAAGAUGGAGACAUCGAGAUCCAGAAUACAGGAAACUACAGCAAUAGGAUUUUCUACAUUAAAUUACAUUUUUACAAACAAGAUUCUGGUAAAUGUAGGGAUGAAGAAGUCCAUAAUAAUUUACAGUUUUAUUUAUUUGUACUUUUUGUGUUCACAGAGCAAAUGGGGUCAGGAAGAAAGAUGUCCUUAAAGGGACCAUCCAGGCAUUAGUACAAUUUAACUACAUUUGAUAGAUUUAGGGGUCAUUAACCCCUUAAGGACCAAACUUCUGGAAUAAAAGGGAAUCAUGACAUGUCAUGUGUCCUUAAGGGGUUAAAAUGCUAUAUUUUUUGCAUGUUCAAAUAUUUAUAGCUUUUGUACAAAAUAAUUUUUUCAUCAAGCUGCACAUAAGCCUCCUUAGCCACGCUCCCCCAUGCUAGAAGUGAGCUGCUUUUAAUAAACAACCUGGCUGCAGACAGUCAGAGAAACUACAAACCCGUAGUGAUAUCCUUACUAUACAUCUCCAUAGGUGUCCUGUCCUUCUAAUGCAGGUUGCUUUGUAGUUGAAAUUAUUCAGUACUGUCAGUGGCUGAAUUGUGUUUAAGUGUGUGACGGACCGCCUGGCACCCAGACCGAGUACCUCUGUCAAUCGCUGUUUCCUAGUACUUGCAAGUACCAUAAGCACCGCACUGGAGCACCAUAACCACCGUAACCCCCACGAACUGCCGCAGCUUGGUUGGGGUCUCGCUGUACUCCACCUACCCUGAACCCAAGACCAGGAUCCAGCUUCCAGUGGGUAGACCUCUCCUAGUCCAGGGAGUGAGGCAGGCUGCUCUUACAAGAGCAAUCGUUGUAAUCCAAGGCAGUAUAGUGAUUAUAGCAAUCCCCAGCGUGAAUAUAGCUCUCCAAACCCCCAAACAUGAGCCUAGACUUCAUGAAGGGUAAAACGAAUUUCAGUUUAAUGGUAGCCACAGCUGGCCUUUUAUGACAGUCUCCAUGCAAGGGGCACUCCCCCCUGGACCUGAGAGAUGACUACAGUAAAAACAUACACCAUUACAUUGGCUCUCAGGUCCAGGACACUGCCAUACAAAAUCAGAUAAUCCCUCCUCUGUGCCUGGGAGAUAAUUGGAUCAGGAACUGGACUAAUCUAAUCCAGUUAUCUCCAAGCACAGAAAAAACAUACAUUUUUACAAACCCCCCAAAAUACAUUAAAACACACAAAACCUCCACAAAAGUUACAUCUCUGUCUGGAGUACAAAAGUACAUAACUCACAUGAACAGAGCCUUUUCAAGUGCAUUGGGCAAGUUAUAUAGCAGGGUCCAUAGUCCUAAGGCAAGAGGCUGGCCAGCAGGCCCCUCCAAGAACCUGUGACGGGGUUCAGUUCGUCACAAUAAGAAAGUCCUUUUUAUGGAGUGAGGGGGUGUGGCUGAAGAGACACGCUAAUGCUCCAGCAUUCUACAAUUUGUUUUUUUAACCCUCUGACUGGGUAUCCCGCAUUUCCGUAUGCAGCACUUACUGGUAUAAUUUUAAGCAUUCCGCGAUUCUCUCGCUUAUUUAUGUUUCUUUGCAGUGAUAGUUAUUUUCCCGUUCUCACUAACCCUGCUGGCAAAGAAAAAGAACAUAUUUUUUUUUUUUUUAACCAAAUUUGAGAAAAAUAUUACGCUGUCAGAGGGUUAAUGCAAAAAUUCAGCACAUGAAUGAGGCCAAAAGGUCAAAUGCAUUAAAGUUCUAUUGAUGCCACUUUAAGAAUGCGCAUAUGAUCUAUUAUUAUACAUUAGUUUGCAGAAAUACAUUUGCAACAUGUUAAGAAGUCCUAUAAGUCUUCAGAACAGCAUUUUAUAGUUAAUUACUGAAAUGAAUGUGCAAAACUGUUAAAUGUAAAAUGUCUGUAAAAUAUAAUGGCAGUAUUUAAAGGGACACUCCAAGCACCAAACGAACCUGUUGUGCAUUUAUAGGUUAUGGUCUAUUUAUGUUCCCUGUAAAUAUUUUCCUGCACAAGUUGGCUUGUUACUAACAAAAAUACUCACACUUCUAAUUCCACUCCCUCACUCAAAUACGUCAUAGGGACAGUAUGCUUCCUUGUGCCUGUUCAAAAUCUUGUACGGCAUAUGAUACCUGUUCAUUAUUUACCAGGGUUUGUGAUUUGCCUAUAUGGUAGGUAAACAUUCUAUUCAAUAUCUAAAGGACAAAAAUGUUAAUAUUUUCUUAUACAAUACCAACAGUAAUGAUUUGAUAUGGAGCAUUUAUGCUAAUCAUUGUUACAUUCAUUUCCAACAGAUUUGUCUAAAGUCAAGACGACUUCUAUAACAUUUCAAACUCGUAUUUCAUCACCAUCUAAUCUAAACAAAGAAAAAAGUAUAUCUGAAUGUAAUUCAUCUACAAUUUAUAAUUCAGGCUCAGAGAAUUGUGAGAGGGAUGUUUCUGACCCAUCAGGCCAUCUCGUCAAAGACAAUUUUACAGAUAUUGACAUUUAUACGUCAUCAGACCAUAUACAGACGGAAUAUCCAUCUACUCAUCUUAAAGAUGAUUUAUCAUCAUGUGAAGAAGGAAAUCUCACAGACACAGACAUGUACACACCCACGGAACACACACAGACAGAAUAUCUAUCUACUUAUAUUAAAGACGAGUCGUCAUCAUGUGAAGAAGGAAAUCUCACAGGCACUGACAUUUACACACCCACAACACAGACAGAAUAUCCAUCUACCCAAAUAAAGGAGGAACCAACUUCAUGUGAAGAAGAAAAUCUCAGAGACAUUUAUACACAGAUAAAAAAUACUCCAAAAGUAUAUACAUUUACUAUCAAUGAGGAAUUGACCUCAUAUGAAAAGGGGAAUCUCACAAAUAUUGACAUAUAUUCUCUCACGGAGCAUUCACAGACACAUAUUAACCAGGAAUCAUUGUCCAGCGAACAACUGAACAUCACAGAGGUGGAAUGUCAUAAAAUCACAGAACACACACCGUUACCUAUUGAUGUGUAUAACAGUACUUCAAAGGAUGAAAAUAGCAUUCUGUCUAUAAUUCAAGACAAUGAUGUUAAUGCAAAUUAUAAUAAUAAUUUAAUUUAUGCUGCACACUUGAGGACAGACAGCAUGUAUAACUGUCCUGAGGUUUGCUUUACUAGUAAUGUGGAUUUCAGGAAACAUCAAGUUGUUCAUAAAGGAAAGAAACUAUCUUGUUCUGAAUGUGGAAAAAAAUUCUCUUUUAAAUCGCAGUUGAGUAGACACCAGAUAAUUCACUCAGGGGAGAAACCCUAUUCGUGCAUUGACUGUGGGAAAUCCUUUGUUCAAAAAUGGAACCUUCUUCUACAUCAGAGAAGUCACACAGGUGAAAAGCCAUUUUCCUGCUCCGAAUGCAGGAAAUACUUCACUCAGAAGUCAAACCUCAUUAGACAUCAAAAAACUCACACGGGAGAGAAACCCUUCCAAUGCCUGGAGUGCGAUAGUCGUUUCAUUCACAGAUCUGAUCUUCUCAUACACCAGAGAGCUCACACUGGAGAAAAACCAUUUGCUUGCUCUGAAUGCGGUAAAUGUUUUUCUCAGAAGUCAGUCUUGGUUAAUCAUCAAAAGAUUCACACUGGUGAGAAGCCAUUUUCAUGUUCUGUGUGCAGGAAAGACUUCCUGCACAAAUCAGAUCUUAAGAUACAUCAGCGAAUUCAUACUGGAGAAAAACCGUUUGCUUGUUCUGUAUGUGGGAAACGUUUUAAGGUAAAGUCUCAACUUGUCUCGCAUCACAAAGUUCACAGAAUAGAGAAACCAUUCUCUAGCUCAGAAUGUGGUUAAUGUCAAACAGGGAUGUAGCGGAGCCCUAGUCCUAGCAGGGACUCUUCAAAGUACAAUCAGGCACAAGAAAAACACCAAAAGAAUAUCCCACCUCCUCCCCAGUAACUGGACGAUACACAUUUCUGGGAGUACAACUGAACUGAGGUUUAUUUGUUCACACAUAGCUUUUAUGCACAGACCCCUACAGGGGUUUUACAACACAAUAGGGGUUUCAAACAGAGGGGUAACUAGAAACCACGGGGCCCCUGUGCGAAAAUUUCCCCCAUACAUCUACCUCUAAGCUCAUACUUCCCCAUCCCCCCCACACGUCCCCGAUUUCCCCCCCACACACAUACAGACAAACAGAUGCACAUGCAGACACAUACAUAGACAUGUAGAGAGACACACACGCACUAACAGACACACACAUACUCUCACACACACACACAUUCAAACACACUCACAGACACACACAUACACUCACACAUUCAGACACACACAAAUUAUUAAUAUUAAAUGUCCACCGAGCCUCCCUGCCUGGAGAGCUGGCAUGGAUCUGCCCCUGGGGUCCAGUGGGGCUUCAGUGCGGCGGGCGGCUGAGUUCCUGUCAGACGCAGUGAGGGAGCUGUGAUCUCUCUGCUCUGCUCCCUCACGCACCGUUUGCUGAUGCCGGGAGCCGGAAUAUGACGUCAUAUUCUGGCUCCCGGCAUCAGCAAACGGUGCGCGAGGGAGCAGAGCAGAGAGAUCACAGCUCCCUCGCCGCGUCUGACAGGAACUCAGCCGACGAUGGGGCGGGGGGUCCAUGAGGUAGCCAGCAGACCACCUCAUGGCCCCCCUCCUCCCCAUGACAGGGGGCGGGAUCUACGCGGCUCACGGUCGCAAGGGCUGUGGCCGGGCCCCCUGCAGUGAGGGGCCGCUCGCAGCUGCGACCGUGGUAGGUAUGCCACUGGUUUCAAACCCCAAAUACUCUGUGUCUGAGAGAUAAUUGCGUGAGAAAAACUCUUUAAUUAUCUCUCAGGUACAGAAGAAUCUACAAUAAUCCAAACACCCCCAAAACACAUUUUAAUAUGUCAUUGUUGCACUAUAUUACAUUUUAUGUAAUUUGUGUAAUGCAUAUAUGAACUGGCAGCCUGGUAGAGGUGAUAUUGUCAAUUCCAAAAAGGGUUAAUUGGAUUGUGUGAGAGAUCAGAGCUUACAGCCCAAAUUCCUCUUUGAAGCUGUGACCCCCCCUCAGCAAGCCUUGUGUUUCAGUAUCCUAUCCAAAAGAGACAUUAAAAGGACACUAUAGGCACUAAACAACUUUAGCUUAAUGAAGUAGUUUUGGUGUGUAGAUCAUAUCCCUGCAGUCUCUUUGCUCAAUUGUCUACUAUUUAGCAGUUAAAUCACUUUGUUUAUGCAGCCCUAAUCACACCUCCCAGUAUGUGACUUACACAGCCUUCCUAAACACGUCCUGUAGGAAGUCAUCUAAUGUUUAUACUUCCUUUAUUGUAAAUUAUGUUUAAUUUAUAAUUUCACAUCUCCUGCUCUGUUAAUGGCUUUCUAGAUCCUGCCGGAGCCUCCUGUAUGUAAUUUAAGUUCAAUUUACAGAGCAGGAGAAAAACAUGUUUAAAGUAAGUUACAUCUGAUUGAAAAUGAAACCAUUUUGUUUACAUGCAGGCUCUUUCAGUCACAGCCUUGGGAGGUGCGGCUAGGGCUGCAUAAAUUGAAACAAGUGAUUUAACUCUUAAAUGGCAGUAGAUAGAGCAGUGAAACUUCAGAGGCAUGAUCUAUACACACAGACUGCUUCAUUAAGCUAUAGUUGUUUUCGUGACUAUAGUGUCCCUUUAGUACCUAUCCACAGAUUAAUACUCAAGCCUCAUUUUGAUCAUGUUUAGAAUGGGACAAGCACAGUCUUACAAAUAAGUAGUAGUUCUGCCAUAGACAGUCUGGGUGCAGGCAUGAGGCUCCUGGAUCUCCUCCUGACAGUGAUUAUAGCUCCUGUAGGAGCAGAUGAGGAGAUCCCCAGCAUGGGGACCUGAAAACAAUAAGCAGGCAAGCGAGUAGGCACAUGUGGGCAUGGUACUCAGUGACAGCGUUCCGUCACAAGGGGACUGUGUUAAGUAUUUGUUACCUUGGAAAGAAACUUUUCUCUUUGGAAUCUAGGAAAUGUUUUCACAGACAUGUAAUCUAAUUAAUUUAAUGAUCUACAUUUUGAAUCAGAUAAUCUUUCCAGUGAUUUAGAAUGUAUUUAAAUAAAGCUUUAUAUUCAGUUGGAGUAUGUGUUAUUAAUUUUAAACUAUCAAACAUGUAACAAGUACUUCCUUACAUGUCUUCAUUCCAUGGGGAGGGAACGUUCCAACAUCAGUUAUACUUUUCCCAUUUAGUUCUUAUUCAUGAAGCAUUGGAGUUGUAUU